GCUUCCUGGUGGUUGACGUGGUUUGUUUAUAAUGGCAGAUACAAAAGUGGAUAUUCCAUCUGACAGUUCGAGUCUGAUCUCAAACAGCGGUAAUGUGUCCUCUCAGACUAAUAAUCCGCUGUCGAGGAAGCUUAAUAAGAUUUUGGAAACCAGGCUGGAUAAUGACAAGGAGAUGCUGGAGGCUUUGAAGUCUCUAUCCGUUUUCUUCACUGAAAACAGUCUUCGCACACGGAGAAACCUGCGAGGCGACAUUGAGCGGCGCAGUUUAUCAAUCAAUGAAGAAUUUGUGCGGAUAUUUAAAGAUGUCAAAGAGGAGCUGGAGAGUAUACAUGAAGAUGUCCAAGCUAUGAGCUCCUGUUGUGAGGAAAUGACCAAUAGAUUAAAGGCAGCUAAGGAACAAACCCAGGACCUGAUUUUGAAAACAAACAAACUGCAAGGAGAAAAUCACAGUCUUGAAGUGCGAGCACAGGUGGCCCAGGCCUUUCUUACAAAAUUCCAGCUAUCCAGUGAAGAAAUGGCCACUUUACGCCAUGCUCGUGACAACCCAAUCACUGAGGAAUUCUUUAAAGCCCUGAGUCAUGUGAAGAAUAUCCAUGAAGACGUGAAGGUUCUGCUGAGGACUAACCAGCAAACGGCAGGAUUGGAGAUCAUGGAACAAAUGGCAGUGUUGCAGGAGACAUCGUAUGAGCAGCUGUACCGCUGGGCUCAGAAUGAGUGUCGGGGGUUGACUCAGGAGACGUGUGAUGUUCCUCCUGUGCUCAGUCAGGCCAUGGAAGCUUUACAGGACCGGCCUGUUCUUUAUAAAUACACUUUGGAUGAAUUUGGUACGGCGAGGCGCAGCGCGGUGGUCCGUGGCUUCAUCGACGCACUAACACGAGGGGGGCCAGGGGGCACGCCCAGACCAAUAGAGAUGCAUUCACAUGAUCCUAUGAGGUACGUAGGGGACAUGCUGGCAUGGCUGCACCAGACCACAGCCUCGGAGAAGGAGCAUCUGGAGUCUCUGCUCAAACAAACUACAGGGAUAGGUGUUGAGGACAGCAUGCAGGAGAUUGUCGGCCACAUAACCGAAGGAGUGUGUAGACCACUUAAGGUGAGGAUUGAGCAGGUGAUUGUUGCCGAACCAGGAGCUGUGCUGCUUUACAAACUCUCCAAUCUGCUCAAGUUCUACCACCACACCAUCAGUGGAAUCAUUGGCACAAGUGUUGCAUCUUUAUUGAUUACUAUAGAGGAGAUGCAUGUUCUCAGUAAGAAGAUGUUCUUCAACAGCCUCAGUCUUCAUGCCAGUCGCCUCAUGGACAAGGUGGAGCUGCCUCCUCCUGACCUGGGCCCCACAGCAUCCCUUACCCAGACUCUGUCUCUUCUUAGGGAAGUGCUAGCAUCACAUGACUCCUCUGUGCUCCCUCUAGAUGCACGGCAGGCUGAUUUUGCUCAGGUAUUAUCGUGCAUCCUGGACCCGCUGUUGCAGCUCUGCACUGUGUCUGCCAGCAACCUGGGAACAGCGGACAUGGCCACCUACAUGGUGAACUCUCUGUACAUGAUGAAAACCACUCUGGCUCUCUUUGAGUUCACAGACAAACGGCUAGAAAUGCUUGAGUUUCAGAUCGAGGCUCAUUUGGACACUCUGAUCAAUGAGCAGGCAUCUUACGUACUGACACGAGCAGGACUCGGUUACAUUUACAACUGUGUACAGCAGCACAGCGCUGAGCAGGGUCUGCUUUGCAGCCUUGCAAGUAUGGACGGUUCAUCUCUAAAGGCAGCAAUGGUCCAGUUCGACCGCUACUUGUCGUCUCCUGACACCUUCGUGAUGCCUCAGUUCAACUUUCUUCUCAGUGCAGCUAUCAAAGAGCAGAUCUUUAAGCAGUCCACGGAGCUGGUGUGUCGUGCGUACGGAGAGGUGUACACAGCCGUAACCAAUCCGGCUAAUGGCUACAGAGAACCUGAGACUGUGUUACACAGAUCCCCUCAGCAGGUACAGACCCUGCUGUCCUGAGACCCAGCACAGACUUGUGUGCCUGAACAGAAAAUAAAUAUUAGAUAUAUAUAUACUGGAUACAUACAUACGUACAUACAUACAGAGGACAAUGGAUAAAAUCAUACACACACACACACACACACCCUGAUAUCCUGAGGAUCAGGUACUGGCCUGUUAUAUGAGACAAAUGAUGUGGAUUCAGGGGUGGGGUAUGACCUCUCUCUUGUGUGUGUGUGUGUGUGUGUGUGUGUGUGUGUGUGUGUGUGUGUGUGUGUGUGUGUGUGUGGACUUUUAAAUCACCGAGUGUCCUUACACUCCUGCUCCCACACUGUUGUGGGUAAAACACCACUUCUCUGAGGGAAAGAGAACAACUCAUGCUGAGGAAAAACAAAAAAAGGGAAUAGAAUGUUCCUCUCGACACGAGCGUAGAUUCCUGCCGGGAAACUUGAAAGAAAAAUCUUCAGACCGUUUUCACACUACACAUGAGCAUAGGCACAAACUUUUUGUAAUAAAUAUUAUAUGCAAAACUUUAAUGCCUCUUGUAUACAAAUUUACAACCACACACACACACACACACACACACGACUCUGCUCUGCAAUCUUAAACAGUUCUUCAUUUCUUCUUGUUAAUUAAACUUCAUUAAAUGGCAUCAAAAUGUCCACA